UUUUUGCCCUGCCCUGCCCUGCCUUGGCUGGGAGACUGCUGACUCUCGCUUCGCUGCAUUUCUACGCCAUCAUCUCUGCCUCGCUCUCUCGCUCUCAUUCGCUCGCUCGCACUCUCGUCUCCUUGCCUGCGCCCCUGCUCUUCCUGCCGCUGCUCCCCUCCCCCUCGGCCUCUGUUUCUCUUGCGCUGGACUGCACUUGCGCUGGACUGCACUUGCGCUGGACUGCACUUGCGCUGGACUGCACUUGCGCUGCUGCAUCACGCGGCCCUUGCCUUAUCCUUUGCUCUGGCCUCCGACGCUGUGGUGACGGAGAAUUGCUGGUGUUUUGCGUCCCCUGACGUUAGGGUUCUGCGCUCUGGGAGAUUUGUAUCGUCCGCAGAUCGGGGGCUGGGGGACUAGUUUGCUGCUGUGAGCAGUGGGUGGUGGUCGACAGUGCGGUAGGGUUUGUAGUGGUGUGCCGGUGAGUGGCUGCGCCUGAUGGCCUCCAAGCGUAUUCUGAAGGAGUUGAAAGAUUUGCAGAAGGACCCCCCGACAUCAUGCAGCGCUGGUACGUUUGUGGGAACGGACAAGCUUGGUGGAUCUUCUGGCUGCUACAGUUGAUGUGGUCAUGGUUUUUUGAAGUGUGUCGGGUCCACCUGUGAAGGUGUGGUUCCUGCUGUGUAGUAGUCGGGGGAAUUCGUGGGGUCGGGAGUCUUUUUGGAGUGCGUAGAAACGGCGUGUACUGCCUGAAGGUGGGAAGGUUGGGCGUUUGUUUAGUCAGCUGACGUUGCAUUUGUAGUGGUGAGCAGCGCGGUACUUUUCUGCCAAGGCUGGUUGCUUGGUUAUGUUCAUCCACGUUGAUAGUUCAAGAUUUCCGCAUGGUUGUAAGGGCCUGUGGCCGAAGAUAUGUUCCAUUGGCAGGCUACGAUAAUGGGACCUCCAGAUAGUCCGUAUGCGGGAGGCGUGUUUCUGGUCACUAUUCACUUCCCCCCCGAUUAUCCAUUCAAGCCCCCCAAGGUUGCGUUCAGGACCAAGGUUUUCCACCCCAACAUCAAUAGUAAUGGGAGCAUCUGCCUGGAUAUUCUGAAGGAGCAGUGGAGCCCUGCUCUAACCAUAUCUAAGGUGCUGUUGUCAAUCUGCUCAUUGCUGACAGACCCAAAUCCGGAUGAUCCCCUUGUACCGGAAAUCGCUCACAUGUACAAGACAGACAGGCAUAAGUACGAGAGUACUGCGAGAAGUUGGACUCAGAAGUACGCAAUGGGUUGAGAGCGGGAAGCUGCGGCUCUAAGGCUGCGAGCACGGGUGGGUUUGGCAGGACGUGAAUGCGAGUAUGACGUCUUUAGCAUUUAUGCGAAGCUGAGUGGGAGGUAAAGAUGACGGUUACCAGAUGGCCCCGAGGGUCCUGAUGAUGGGACUUGGAGAUAUUUGCGUUGUGGAGCCAUUGUGUAUGUUGCAACAACAUAUUGAUAGGGUAGUGAAUGUGUGCUGAGGGGUUAAGUAGUGAGAUAAGUUAAAAACUGUUUGGUGCACGUGUGUGGCAUCUUGUGGUCGAGGUCGUAAGGAUCAUAGGUGCACCACUGCCUUGCUGUUGCAGCGUUCAUACGUUUGCCAGGUUUCAUAUAUUUAUGAGAGGAGAUGGCAUAUCCUGUGUGUUGGUGCGCAUCUUGUGCUGUUUUGGGUGGAAUCAGGACCGCAUAGUUGAGUGUUGAGAGAACAGAGGUUGGCUGGUCAUGUGAUGGGGUCUUUGGAUGUCUGUCGCAAGUGUAUACGUGAGGCAGGUUCCAAUUGCUAAUCUCAACUCCAGUGUGGACGAGGGAGGAAAGGAAUUCUUCUGUUGAGGGCAUUCGGGGUAGAGAAUGGCGUCUUUAUCCGUAGACAUGGAUGACUAAAUAGGGAGCAGGCUGGAGGCGUGUAGGUAAGGCUAUGUGUACAAGAGCUCCUGUAGUUCUUGUGCUUUUGCUGAAGUAAAUAAAUGCGUUGAACGUGCACUUUGUGU